UUACAGAAGUCGUUUGCAGCUGUAGUUGAUACACCAAAUGACCAUACAAUGGUACUCACAAACCCAAAACAAUCAAAUUAUUUUCAUGAAAAAAUUCCAGCUUUUGAUAUMAAAUACAUAGAAGAUUGUUUUAUAACAAAAGACUUUCCUGAUCCUACCAAAUAUUUAAUCAAAAACACAAGUCUUUCAAAUUAUACCAAAGAUGAUAUAAUUGAUUGUUGGAUUUAUAAAACUAAAGGAUGGUCUGAUUUAGUUUCGAUUCCGGAAAAUAAAAAUUCUACUUCUAAAACCCCAAUCAACAAAUCAUCUCAAGUCACAAGCUCCAACGAUGAUAUUGAUUACAGUGUGUCAGCUAAGYGUUCAAAGAUUGCUUCCCCAUCUAAACACACAAGAAUGCCUUAUACACACAAAGAAGAGACGAAUAUUGUUAAAUAUAUCAUUAAGAACAAUCAUGCUUUUGAUAUUAAAGGGAGAGCAAUGUGGCAACAGAUGGAACAUGAUAACGUAUGUAGACACCGUACAUGGCAAUCUAUGAAAGAAAGAUAUUUAAAAUCUAUUAAAUUUGACUUAAAUUCAGGAAAUCAUAGAUUUCCAUUUAUUAAACCAAAAGAUUUGAAACUAUUGCGACAAGGUUUAAAUAUUGAAAUAAUGGAUAAGAUUGAAAAAGAUGCAAUGAAAUCUAAAUUCAAUGAAGAACGAAUUAAUCAUUAUUUAUCAGACAGUUCCUAAAUUUAAUGUCUACAAAACGUUGCAUACACUAUUAUAAUGCCAGAAGUUUUGACUACCUCUAUGUAGUUUUUGUACAAUUUUUAGCUGCAUAUAUUUUAUAAUUUAAAACUUAAUUUAAAAACUAAUAA